AUGUCUUCUCAGGAUGAGCAGGACUUACCCUCCAACUUCACUGGUCCCAAAGGGGUCAUCACAGACUGGCGCAGGUUUAAGUUGGACAGCGUGGACCAAACUGUCCCACAAAAGAAACGAGAACUCCUGCGACAGAUGUCCACGCCACGAGACGACGACAAGGACCGAGCCAACAGGAAGAUGAGCGUGCAGGAGUACGAGAUGCUGCAGGAGGAGGACGAGCAGAGCCUGAAGCAGUACAGGAGGCAGUGCAUGCAGGAGAUGCACGAGCGCCUCAGCUUCGGACCCAAGUUUGAGACGGUGCACGAGCUGGACAGCGGAGACGCCUUCCUGGAGGUCAUCGAGAAGGAGCACCGGCUCACUGUGGUGGUGGUGCACAUCUACCAGCAGGGCAUCAAAGAGUGUGAGCAGAUGAACUCGUGUCUGGACUGUCUGGCAGCGGAAUAUCCCAACGUGAAGUUCUGUCGCAUUGACGCCGUGGCCACAGGAGCCGCCGAACGCUUCUCCACCGACGUGCUCCCGGCUCUGUUGGUGUACAAGGCGGGCGAGCUGCUGGGGAACUUUGUGGCGGUCAGUAAAUACUUCACUGAGGAGUUUUUCGCGACAGACGUGGAGUCCUUUCUCAACGAGUACGGCCUGCUCCCUGAGAAGGAGGUCACUGCCUGCAUGGAGGAGCAGGAGGACGACCAGGUGGAGUAG